AUGCAGCUCUCGCGCGGCGCUAUUGCGGGCAUCCUAUCAGAUGGGCCCCCGCAGGUCUACACGGUCCAGUGCGCCGGUGUCAAGAAAGUCAUGAAUCCCAAUGGGCAGCCCCGGUACCGACUCAUGCUCUCCGAUGGCGAGUUCCAGUAUGUCUGCAUGCUGGCCAGCCAGCUGUCCGACCUCGUCGUCAACCAGCUGCAGGAAGGGUGUAUCCUCCAGAUCACAGAGUACAUCUGUCAGUUUGUGCAGACCAAGAAGUACGUUCAGCAGAUUGUAGUAGUGGUGGUCAUCGUGCUCAACUGCAAGGUGGUGCAGGCAGAGUGCCCCAAGAUCGGCAACCCUGUGAUGUACACCGACCCGUCCGUAGUGGCUGCGCCCGGCACCGCGCAGCCGUCGGCAGCCGCGCCAGCACCCUUUGCUGCGCCCCAGCAUGCUGCACAUCCAGCCUCAGCAUACGGAGCUCCACCCGCCACUGGCCCGGCUCCCGCGUACGGAGCCCCCCCUCCUACCGGGAGUGCUUCUGCCUAUGGGGCCCCCCCAUCGGCUGGUGCCGCCCCCGCCUACGGGGCUCCACCCGCCAGCGCUGCCCCAGCCUACGGGGCUCCACCCGCCAGCGCUGCCCCAGCCUACGGGGCGCCUCCGCAGCAUGCGGGCACCCCGUACGGCGUGCCAGCCCCUGUGCCGAGCGCCUACGGAGCGCCGCCUCAGGGCACAGGGCCCGCAGCUGCAGCCCCAUAUGCAGUCCCGCCCUCUGCAGGGCAGCAAGGCCCCUACGGGGCGCCCCAGAGCGCCGGCGCCUAUGGUGUUCCGCCCGCAGCCACAGGGCCGUAUGGCGGCCACUCCGGCGCUGCACAGUAUGGAGCUGCCGUUGGAGGUGGUCCAAAGGCAGCAUAUGGGGCGUCAGCCUACCAGCAGCAGGGACCCAAGGCGGAACCUGCUAACCCGUAUGGCGGCGGCGGGGGAGGGAUACCUGCUGCUUACCCCCCCACCACCAAGGCAUACGGCAAUCCUUCAGGGCCCCCUCAGUACCGGGGUCAGGGGGCUGUGGCACGUGAUGCUGGCCCCGCCAGCAUCAUGCCCAUCAACUCCCUAAACUCCUACCAGAACCGCUGGACCAUCAAGGCCCGCGUAACCCACAAGAGCGACAUCCGGAGGUACACCAAUGCCAGGGGGGAGGGCCGGUUCUUCUCCUUUGACCUCUUGGAUGCGCAGGGCGGGGAGAUCAGGGCCGUCGGCUGGAAUGAUCAGUGUGACAAGUGGUACGAGGCCGUGGACACGGGCAAGGUCUACCUCGUCUCCAAGGCCAGCCUGCGCAACAAGCGUGGGAACUUCAACCAGACCCGCCACCAGUUUGAGAUCCAUCUGGAGAAUGGGAGCCAGGUAGAGCCUGUUCAGGACGAAGCCGAGAUCCCCCAGCUCCACUUUAAUUUCACCUCCAUCUCCCAGUUGGAGGACGUUCCCGCCGGCCAGAUGGUGGACGUGGUGGGAGUGGUGGACAGCGUGCAGGACUGGACCUCUAUCACCAAGCGUGAUGGGGGCGAGACGCAGAAGCGCUCCAUGAUCAUCCGGGACGAGAGCGGGCGGUCCAUCGAGGUGACGUUGUGGGGCGCCUACGCGCUGACCCCGGGCGACAGCCUGCAGGCCACCACCGCCGCAGGGACCCACCCCGUCCUGGCAGUGAAGAAUGCGCGCGUCGGCGACUUCAACGGCAAGACGCUGAGCACAGUCUCCUCCUCCACCGUGCUCAUCGACCCGCCGGACGUGGCCGAGGCCGCCCGCCUGCGCGCGUGGUACGACCAGGGCGGGUGCGCCCAGGCCGCCGCGGCGCUGAGCAAGCCGAGCGGCGGCGGUGGGCGCGCCGACCGCCGCGUCACCCUGAGCCAGAUCGCCGACGAGGGGCUGGGCCUGGGCGGGCAGCCCGCGUGGGUGCAGGUGGUGGCGACCGUCGCCUUCCUGCGCAACGAAAACAUGUACUACCCGGCCUGCCCCCUGCCCUUCAACGGCAAGACCUGCAACAAGAAGCUGCAGGACCACACCGGCGACGGCAACUUCUACUGCGAGCGCUGCGGUCAGAAUGCAACGCCAGACUGGCGGUACAUCGUGUCCAUGCAGGUCGCAGACCACAGCGGCGAGAUCUGGGUGACAGCCUUCAACGAGGCCGCCCCGGAGCUGAUCGGCGUCCCAGCGGGCGAGCUGCGGCAGCUGUGCGAGGAUGGGAACCCUCGCUUCGCCUUCCUCGUCCAGCAAGCCUGCUUCAAGACGUACACCAUGAAGCUCAAGGUGGCUGAGGACACGUACAAUGACGAGACCAAGAUCCGCAUCUCCCUGGUCUCCGCCACCGCGCCGGACUACGGCGCCGAGUCGCGCACGCUGCUGGACCUCAUUGGCAAGCUGCAGCGCGGCGAGCAGAUCUUCGGCCCCCCCGUGCCCGCUGCGGGAGGGCCAGGGGCGCUGCCCGGGGUCGCGAGGGGCGGUGCCCCGCCGGCGCAGCAGCAGGGGUACGGAGGCGGGUAUGGGGCACCGGCCCCCCGCCCUGCCAUCGGGGGGUACGGCGAUGGUGGCGCGGCCCGCGGCGGGUACGGCGCGUAUGGCGGCACGGCCCUGGCCAAUGCCGGGUGGUGA